AUGGAGUCAGAGAAACUCCUCAUCUCCAAGCUGAAUUCAGAGAACUAUGUCUCCUGGAAGACUCAGAUGAGACUUCUCCUGACACACAAAGAUCUGGAUUCUGCAAUCGAACCAGAGACAAGGUCAGAAGAGGUGCUCAACCGAAGGUCAGAGGAUCAGAAGAAAAGAGAAGCCGUCACUCAAAAGAAAGCUCUCGCUCUGAUUGGCCUGAAGGUGGAAGAAGAAUUCCUCGGGGUGAUUGAAGAUGCUGGGGACUCAGCAAGGAAAGCAUGGAGUACCUUCGAAGAGAUGUUCCAAAGCGUCACGAAUGGGAGGAAGCUAAUGCUCAGGCAAAAACUCGCGACGUUGAAGAUGGAACCUGGAGAAAAGGCUGCAAAGUAUAUCUCCAGAGCAAAAGAUCUCAAGAGGGAGUUGCUACACGCCAAGCUAGACACCAGUGACGUAGAUCUAGCUGCUGUUUGUGGUUUGUCUGCAGAGUUCAGGGAGAUCAGGAUGAUCCUCGAACACAGCUCUACAGAAAUAACUCUCGAGAAGGUGCUCCCCCUACUACUCCAGCAUGAAGCAAGAAUGGAGAGAGACGAAAAUCUCGAAGAAAAGAUGAAUUCCACAGCUUUCUUCGGGAAAGGGGAUCAGCCUAGGAGAGAGUGGAAGGGAUCAAGAAAGGAGAAAGAUCCUGGAGGCCUCGAGUGCUACACGUGUGGUGGUAGAGGACACAAGUCUGCCGUGUGUCCCUCAAGAACUCCCUCCAGAUCAGAGUCGAAGGGGAAGAAGAAACUCUCAGCCAACAAGUGUGAACACUGUGGGAAGAAGGGUCACUCAGAAGACAAGUGCUGGGGAAAGCAUGGAAAGCCUCAGAAGAAGGAGAAGCCGAAUUCUGUUGCUUUCUCAGCAUCUGAGGACAAGUUUGCCUCUAAUCACUGGCUCCUGGACAGUGGAGCCUCUCACCACUUGACAGGUGACAGGUCAAAGCUCUUCGAUCUCAGACCUGCCCCAGAAGGACUCCAAGUCGAAUUCGGGAACAAGGGAAUGCUGAAGGUUGAGGCUCUUGGAUCAGCUGAGCUCAACUGCGUCACGCCAGAAGGAACUCAAGUCGUCUUGCUGAAGAACGUCAGACUGGUUCGAGGCGUUGGAGCAAAUCUCGCUUCCCUGACCAAGAUGCUCGAGGGAGGAGCCGAAGUGAGGGGGUCAGGAAGUCAGAUCAGUCUGCUAUUCAAACAGGAAGUGGUGAUGCAGGCAAUCAACUCUGACAGCAUGUUGAUCAUUCAAGAAGAGGGGAAUGGUCAAGCGUUUUCUGUCAAGGAAGAGCAAAGUGCUGAGCUUUGGCACAGGAGGUUCAGUCACGCUAGUCCUGAGGUGCUUGCCAAGAUGGCAGAACAGGAGUCCGUUUCCAAUCUCCCAGUCAGUGCAAAGCAAUUCAGACAGCUCAAGGAGAAAGUUUGUGAGCCGUGCAUCUUAGGCAAACAAACUAGACUCCCCUUCCAAAACAGCUAUAGCCACUCCUCUCGCAAGCCUCUAGAGCUCCUUCACAUGGAUCUCUGUGGUCCUCUCCCUGUUAAGAGCAAAGGAGGUAGCAGAUACAUCCUGACAGUCACUGAUGACGUCAGCCGAUGCUCAGUCGUCAAAUUUCUGCUAGAGAAGAGCCAGGCCAAGAGUGCAAUUAUCGGGAUUGUGAAACAACUCGAGAACCAGCUAGACUCCCGAGUCAAAGAGUUUAGAACUGACAGGGGAGGAGAGUUUCUGAACAAGGAGCUAGCUCAGUUCUGCAGUGAGAAGGGGAUCGUUCAUCAGACGACAAAUCCGUACUCCCCCCAGGAAAACGGAGUAGCAGAACGUCUGAACAGAAUUCUCUUGGAGAAGGCGCGAGCGAUGCCACUUCAAGAUGCGGGACUCUCAAAGGAGCUUUGGGCCGAAGCAGUUUUCACAGCCAACCACGUGCGAAACAGAACCCUGUCGAGAGCGCACGGGAAGACGCCUUUGGAGGUUCUGACUGGAGAGAAACCGUCAGUUUCGCACUUGAGAGUCUUCGGCUGCAUCUGCUACGCUCACGUCCCUGCACCGAAGAGGAAGAAGCUGGACGCCGUUGCUGAGAAGGGGGUGUUCGUCGGCUACGAGCCACACACCAAGGGUUACCGGGUUUUGAAGUCGGACGGGUCGAUCCAGGUCUCAAGGGACGUAACCUUCCAAGAGACUGCGGAGAAGACUGAAGACAAGCCUCCCUCAACAAUCCCCCAAGAUGCAGAUGAAGGAGAUCUGGAGUCGGAAGGAGAAGCAGAGGGAGAGCCUGACGUCAUCAACCCGCACGGCGAACCGGAGGGAGAACCCGAGCCAGCUACCCAACCGGGUCAAGCUAACCCUCCUGCUGAGCCAAAACCCUACAACCUGAGAGGGGACGGAGAGAGACGGAGCAACUCUUGCUACACAGGUCGAGAGUGGGUGAGAGCCAACGCAGCGCGCCAAAAGGCAGAGGGAGAGCCGGAGACGCGAACGGAAGCGAUGGCCCGAGAAGAUGGGGAGCUGUGGGAGAAGGCGAUGGACGAUGAGAUUGCCUCGCUCUUGGAGAACGGAACUUGGACGGUGGAGAAGCCUCCGGAUGGGGUGAGACCGGUUCCAGUGAGGUGGACGUUCAAGCUGAAGCGGGACAAGCAGGGGCAAAUCGAACGGUACAAGGCGAGGUUCGUGGCAAAGGGGUUCAAACAAAAGCACGGGGUCGACUUCGAGGAAGUCUUCGCCCCUGUCAGCCGAUUCCCCACAGUCAGAACCCUCCUAGCCGUAGCCGCAGCGAGAGAUCUUGAGAUCAAACAACUUGAUGUCAAAACCGCGUUUCUGAACGGAACCCUGGAGGAGGAGAUUUGGGCUGACCAGCCAGAGGGGUAUGAAGUCGGGGGAUCAGAGAUGAAGCUGAGACUGAAGAAGUCCCUCUACGGUCUCAAGCAAGCCCCCCGUGCCUGGUACCUGUGCCUCUCUUCUGAGAUGCAGAAGAUCGGGUUUAGCCCCUCCACAGCGGAUCCGGCGCUCUUCUGCCGGAAAGAUCCGGGGAAGGAAACCUACACGGUUGUCUGGGUAGACGACAGCCUAGUGAUCGGGACUCCGGCCGCAGUCGAAGAGACGAAGGAGGCCCUGUCAGCCGUUUUCGACAUCCGUGACCUAGGGGAUGCGAACUUCUUCCUGGGAAUGGAGAUCGAGCGGGACCGGGUUAUCAAGACCCUGAAGUUAACCCAGAAGAGGAGCAUCAAAGACCUGCUGGCGGAGCACGGGAUGGCGGACGCGAAGGCGCGGGCGACCCCGAUGAGCCCGGCGGAGAAGCCGACUCGAGAGGGAGAGAAGUUGGACGUUUCGGCGUUCCCCUACUCCCGUCUCAUCGGCAGCCUGCUCUACAUCGCCAACUGCACCCGUCCUGACAUCAGCCAAGCCGUCGGGGUCCUGUCCCGGUUCAUGAGCAAGCCAACCCGGGACCACUGGAAGAUGGCACGGGCGGUGCUGUCCUAUUUGGCGGGCACACCAGAAGUCGGGUUAAGCUUUGACGGGACAGAGGGGCUGAAGUUGAAGGGGUUCUGCGACGCCAACUACGCGGGCGACAUCGACACGCGGCGCUCAACCACUGGCUACGUCUUCACUCUCGGGGGCGGAGCUGUUUCGUGGGCGUCCAAGUGUCAACCGACGGUGGCGUGCUCAACUGUCGAAGCCGAAUACAUGGCGGCCGCGUUCACGACCAAGGAGGCGCUGUGGCUAAAGAAGCUGUUUGCAGACCUGGACAUCGAGUGCGAGACGGUGCAGAUCGGGUGCGACAACCAGGGAGCAAUCCAGCUGUCCAAGCAUCCCAUCGCCAGCCAGAGAAGCAAGCAUAUAGAUAUCAGCCAUCACUUCAUUCCCGCGUUCGUCAUGGCCAAGCAGCUGGCGCUCCCUUUCCUGGUUGUCGCCGUCUUUUUUGCGGCCCUAGUCGGGGCCAACACCCCGAGCUCCACCUCCCCCAAUGCUGAAAUCAACACCGUCCGCUACGGCUCUUUCUCCCUCGCGCCCUUCGUCAUCCGUGACGUAAACAACCGGCGCCCCGGCAUCACCGUGACGCCCUCAAACCAGGAGCUGUUCACCAACGUCACCUCGUCGCCAGCGGUGACGUCAGCGGAUCCGGUCGACCCGCCGGCUGCCGUCGCGUGCACCGGGACGUCAGCCGGACGCAGGAGACCGUCUUCCGGCGACAAUGGCCCGGGAAGUUGUCCUGGGACCGCGGCCGACCCAAGCCCCACGAAUCAAUCGACCGCGGCUUCCGUUAUCUCAAGCAUGGACCCCUCGUCGGCGCGACACGCCUCCACCCAAUUCUUCAAGGUCGCGCUCGCGCCCCCCCCAAGCGCGCGCGUCCUGACGUUUGACGGGAUCGACAACCUGGAUCAGCGGACGGCUGGGACGGGCAUUUACAAUAAUACCAACCCCGACGUGGAGCCGUCCGAUGGCGGGCUGUGCGCGGGCAACGGAUUCGUCGUCCAGGUCGUCAAACGCGCUCUCGUCGUCUUCGAUUCCGCUUCCGGGGUCCAGCUGACCGUUCCGGUGGCGCUGAACCAGUUUCUGCAGGUGGCCCCGUUUAACAGUACCACCGGAGCCGCGCUCGGCGCGUAUACCUCUAGCCCCCGCUGUGUAUUCGACCGGGACACCGGGCGCUUCUUCUUCUCGUUCCUCCUCAACACGCUGAACGAAACCACGUUCAUGCGCAUGGCGCCGAGCGCCACCCUAGUUGCCGUCACCACCAGCGGCGACCCACGUGCGGGUUACGCUCUCUACCGGCUGCCCACCACAAACGACGGCACCGAAGGGACGCCCGAUCUGAGGCCAACCUGCCCGUGUUUCCUGGCCGCUGUGCUCACAGAAAGCGUCCCUCUGUCUCAGAACGAGCCGAAGCUCGCCGUCAAUGCGGACGUCCUGACGUUGAACGGAAUAUCGUUCUCGCUCUCCACGUUCGAAAGCUCAACUCAGGACGUAUACGCUAUGUCCAAGUUUGCGCUGGCGGCCGGGGACGCGUCCAUCCCAACCGCCGCUUAUAUCAACAGCACGGCUACGCUCGUCGAGGGCAUGCCGGCUAUAAACCUCAAUGUGGCGCGCGUGUCCCCCGAUGAGCAAUUUCCGACCCAGGCGGGGGGCGUCGUCUAUUUCGUCGGCGACACUGACUUCUUUUGCAACGGCACCCUAGUCCGCCAGCUGGCACUUUUCGCGCUCGUCAACACGGGCGCGUUGCGCGGGCCGAAUCCGAACGUCUUCGGCCUUCAACUCGUCCAGACGCUGCUCGACUCCCUGAUUGAGUACAACAACUGUGCUUUCUUCGAUGACGCCAGUCUGAGCCCCAACGGCGGCCUCCCGGCCACUCAGAAGAACGGCCCCCGGGUGCUCAACACAACGGCGCCCCUCGAGCUGCUGGACAGCUUCGACGACGCCGUGAGAGAGCUGGUCUUUGCGAACGGGAACCUCUUUGCCGCGCUCAACCACAUAGUGCCCGGGGAUGCCAACCGGCCGCCCACGGUGGGCAUUGCUUGGUUCCUGAUCACGCCCCACGUCGAACCGGCUGAAAACGGCCGCCCGGCAGAGGUCACGGGACGCGUUUUUAAGGCGGGUGUGGUCGCCGUUGUAAACAGCAACAACGUCCUCCACCCGUCGUUCGCCAUCAAUCGCAACGGGCGGGGCGUCAUGGGCUUCUCCCUCUCGGGCCCCGACUUCUUUCCGAGCGUGGCCUUCGUCGCCUUCGAUGACGUCAGCGGCCCCAAAGGUGACAUUAUCGUCGCGCGGUUGGGAGUGGCACCGGAGGACGGCUUUACGGGCUAUGCAGUCUUCGCUGGCGGCUUUCCCCUGCCGGUGUCGCGCUGGGGGAAUUACUUCAUGGGCACCGCAGACGAGAAGUCGAACCUGUGGUUUGGAAUCGAGUACAUUCCGGACAGGCUCCGCGACCUGGCGGCCAACUGGGGCACGGGCAUCGUCCGUGUGUCCGCAGUUUGA